AUGUCAGAUUCUAACAGAACCGACUUCACCAACCCCUCCAACUUCAUCCUACUAGGCAUUCCUGGCCUAGAGGCUGCCCAUAUCUGGAUCUCCAUUCCCUUCUGUGCCAUGUACACCAUAGCCGUGUUGGGUAACUUCACCAUCCUGUUCAUUGUGAAGAGGGAGCCGAGCCUCCAUGGGCCCAUGUACUAUUUCCUCUGCAUGCUGUCCCUCAGCGACCAGGUCAUGUCCACAUUCACCCUACCGAAACUGCUGAGCAUCUUCUGGUUCAAUUCCAGGGAGAUUGAUUUCAGUGCCUGCCUCACCCAGAUGUACUUUGUUCACUGCUUCUCAGUGAUGGAGUCUGGAAUCCUCGUGGUCAUGGAUUUUGAUCGCUAUGUGGCCAUCUGCAAUCCUCUGAGAUAUUCCAUGACCCUAAAAAACUCUGUUGUGGUCAAGAUAGGCCUGGCCAUGGUGCUGCACAGUGGCUUAUUCGCAUUACCUUAUCCCUUAUUGGCGAGUCAGUGGCCAUAUUGCAGAACCAACAUCAUCCCACACUUCUACUGUGGACAUAUAGCUGUGGUGAAGCUGGCCUGCACUGACAUCAGCAUCAGUAGUUACUAUGGCCUGUUUGAUCUUCUCUCUGUGAUCGGAAUGGAUGGGUUUUUUAUCGCCAUGUCCUAUACUGAGAUCCUCCGGGCCAUCUUCCGCCUCCUCACAAAAGAUGCCUGGCUCAAAACUUUUGGGACCUGUAUUGCUAGGACAACCUGCAUCUCUCACCUUUUUGCCAUCUCAGCUUUGUACUUCCCAGAUUUAUUCUCCUCUCUUGUGCUGCGAUUUGGCCACAAUGUACCACUGCAUGUCCUGAUUUUCAUUGCCAGUGUGUACCACCCCGUUCCUCCUGUGCUGCACCCCAUUAUUUAUGGGGUGAGGACCAAACAGAUCCGGGACAGACUGCUCCAGCUCUUUACUCAUAAAGAGACCUAA